AUGAUUUCGGAAGUAGGUUUCUUUAGGCAUUCCCCAACGGGUGGGAAAGGCAGAAUCGAAAAGAAGUUCGAGGCCAAAGGAGCGGAACGCUCGGUUAGUAGAUGGAACCCUAAAGAGAAAAAGCUUUGGCUGGAGGGCGUAUCGGACGACGAGCUGGAGGCAACCAACAGGGCUAUAUGCGACGCUGAAGCCGCAGGAGAUGAGAUUUGGGUUCCUCCUCCAGUUUGCGACAAGCUCGAUAGACACCCUUACAUUCUAGUUCCCGUGUUCAAUCGACAUACCGAGGGUUUGGAUGUGAAGAAGCCAGUGCCUAAAGACGAGCCUCGGAGACGCAUAGCUCGCCGUGCCGGAAUCGAAGAUAAGAGUUAUCAUAUUGACAAGAUAAGGAACGAGAGGAGUAUCAUGAAGGUGACGAUCGAGAAGCUGAAGAAGUUGAUGGACAGUUCGAAAGCGCCGUAUCUCCAAAUGCUUGACAAACAGGAAUUUGGGAUCGUCGGCAGCUUUCUUUUAACGGGCGACUAUGCUCCGAUGCUCAUCGAAGCUCGGGGUAUACGGCAUCCCUUGGACCCCUAUGAGCCGCAGCCGGGGAGCAUUACACACUUUUUAGAAGGACUGAUAACUAAAAAGGAGUACGACUCGGAGCUCAUAAGAAGUGGGAAAAUAUACCUCCGAGCCCACGAGCUCAACUUGCCAAAGCUCAAAGUGCUCGUUGUACGGAAGCUUGCAUUGGGGUUUCAGUACCUGGACGAAAAGUUGGCUAUACAGCUUGCUGAUUCCAUAUUUUCAGUUGUUGGAAAGGAAUGGGACGACAAGUACGGCGCAAGGUAUAUGGUCAAUGAGCCUUUAAACGGACGAUAUAUGCGUGAAAAAGAACCAAUGCGGGCCUUCCUCGUUGAUUAUUUCGCACACAAGCUCGCUGUGGUCUCAGAUAUCACAGUUGACCGGCGAUUCCGAAUCUUGUUGAUGAAGUAUCCUGCCCUGAGGAUCGGAGUAUACGCGAGAGCGGCAGAAUUGGGGUUGGAUCGAUGGUCAGACCCGUCAGCAGAGGCAGCUGAAAUGAGAAGAAUAGCAGAGAGAAACAAACGCGCAGAGGCUCGCCGCAAUUCGAAAGCGCCUGAAAAGAAGUCAGCACCGAUCCCUGCCCGCCGAGGAUAA